AUGGCAGAAAUGUGCCUAUCGAUGUUACAUCGCCUAAUAGUCUGCGUUACAGUACGCAUUACGCCAACGAUUACCAUGGACCUCAGCCUGGACGAGAUCAUAGAGCGAAAGCGCGGGUAUGGCGGCCGUACCGCCGACAAGCAGUUCAAUCCGAGCUAUACGAAGCCCCGCAAGCUGCUCAACAAGCCGCCCUUUAAGGCUGGCCAGUCGGAUAAGUCUGUAACGCCGGCACUGCGCUCCUUUGACGCCCGCAACAAGAUUAUCCAGAAGACACGCGCCAAAAUAGGAGAUGCACGCGACAUUCUCAAUCGGAACAUUCGUGACUCUGGCAUCGACGCUCGACAGCUGCUGCAGGACCGCAAAAAGAUUCGCUCGUCGCCGCCGCAUCUGGCUGGAGAGGUCAAAGACGUGGAGCCCCUGUCGGCCCGUAUGACACGUCUGACCAGUGAUGGUCGUUCGAGAAUGGUCCAGUUCAGGCAGCGCACGGUCAUGAUGUCGGAUCGUUUAGGGGACUGGGACCAGGACGACGAGGCCGUCGGGUUAGGUGGUCACAAUCGGCCCUUCUCAUCUAGACUGAACCAUUCGGCCAAACCAUUUGCUCCGCAUGGCUAUGUUGAUCACGAUAACAUGCAGGAUCUCGAAGAUGAGGAGAUAUCCCGCACAUUGCAUCUCGGCAACUAUACAAAUCAGCCGCCGCCGCGCUACACCUUUGGCGGCUUUGACAUGGACCACGAUGACGACGUGGAGAUGUCCACGGCUCCGUUGAAGAACAAUAUUGCCAGUGAUCCGUUUGCCGUUUACGAGGUGGCUCGCAAUCGAAUCGAGCGUCCAUCGCUGCCGGCACCGCUGAUCGUUGGACGCACAGACACGGGCGAGAAGCUCUUCGAGCGCCGUCAGCGCAACAUGUUGUCAACCACAAAUCUGUCUGACUCGAUGCGUGCUCGUCUCUUCGGCGCUGAGCCGGACCGUCGCGUAUCCCAUGGCAUCUAUGCCAACGAGAACAAGAAGCAGGCCGGUUACGGUGACAGUGGUGGCGCUGGGGCUGUGCGUGGUAUUUCCUCUCAAACGAUGUCAAUGCGCCGUGUGUCACCACCAACGCCGCUGAGCGCGGCAAACAGCAAGGCCGGUUACCGUCUGCUGGUAAGCAAUCUGCAUGCCAAAGUGACCACAUCGGAUAUUCGUGAGCUCUUCAACGACAUUGGACCCAUGUAUGAUGCCCGUGUGGUGCGUCCAGGCACUGCCGAAGUUAUUUACAAGACAUUGGAGCACGCCGAGAUGGCCGUUGAAGCUUAUCACCACCGCGAGUUCGAUGACCAGCCCAUGCAUUGUGUCCUGGUUAAUCCGCACUCAUCACAUCGCGCGGCACGCAUGGCCAGCUCUCGCACUGUGACCACAAAUUCGUCUGGCGUGGAGGUGGAUAUCGAUGCCCUACACUCGGUGCUUUUCCGCGACCGCUAGGCAGCUAUUGAAGCACGAUUAGGCAAUUUUCCUGCUCCAUCAGACAGCGUUGCAGCAUCUGUACUUUCCAACUCAGCGCAUCAUCUCCUUAGCUCUAAGACUCACACCCUUUGCGCUGUCGAAUCACAAUCUAGCCGGCGUUGGUUCAGUAAAUUAGAAAAGAUGAAA